AUGGCCGACACCGUUCCGUUCGAGGCCAACCCCAACCACCCGCAGCACACCGCAGACACCUUCCGCCCCAUCCUAAAGGCCCUCGCCCUCGCCGCCGCCGUAGACCCGCGCGACCCCUUCAACACCCCGCCCGCAUCCUACCGCAGCCCCUCGCACAACGGCGCACCACCACCGCAGCCCAUCCUCUCCCAGCACCACCUCGAGACCCUCUUUGAGCACCUCGCAGACCCCAACUUCACGUCGUCCAGGGAGAACCACGCCCAGAUCGGAUCCGCACUCACCUCGCUCAAGUUCACCCGCCUCGACAUCCAGGCAGACACCUUUGCCCUCGCCGCCCGCAUCUUUCUCGACUCGUGCCUCAAGGUACACGUCGACCCGCUCGAUGCCAGCCUCCGCCCCGAUCCCCCCGCCGCUGCCGCCGCACCGGGCCAACCGGCCGACGUCUACGAGGGCACCCUCGACCUCGUCGGCACGGGCGGAGAUGGAAAGGACACGUUCAACGUAUCCACCACGGCCGCCAUGGUCGCCGCCGGCGUGCCCGGAGUGCGGGUGUGCAAGCACGGCGCCAAGGCGUCGUCGUCGACCUCGGGCUCGGCCGACCUCUUGAUCUCGCUCGGCAUCCCCCUCCUCACCCUGCCCCCCUCGCAGAUCGCCCAGCUGCUGCCCCGCACCAAGUUUGCCUUCCUCUUUGCCCAGCUCUACCACCCGGCCCUCGCGCCCCUCGGCCCCAUCCGCAGGAACCUCGGCUUCCCCACCAUCUUCAACGUCCUCGGCCCGCUCAUCAACCCGGCCCAGCCAGAGAGGUGCAUCCUCGGCGUCCACAGCUACUACCUCGGCAGGACGUUUGCAGAGGCGCUGCGCAAGCGCGGCACCAAGCGCGCCUGGAUCGUCUGCGGGCGCGAGGGCCUCGAUGAGAUCAGCCCAGAGGGUCCCACCGAUGUCUGGGAGCUCAACGACGGCGAAAUCACAGAGUUCAGCAUCACGCCCUCGUCGUUCGGUCUGGCGUCGCACGCGCUCGCAGACGUCGGGUCGCACAGCGCGCACGAGAAUGCGUCGAUCGUUCUGCACCUCUUUUCGAGCAGCUCCCUCUCCUCGCUGCCCACUUCGCCGCUCCCUGCGCCGCUACACGUCGACGUGGAGCGGUUCACGGAUCGGCAUACGCGCAACCUCGUCUCGCACCUCCCUCCCAUCCCGGCGGGAGUGAGACUGGGUGCGAUAGCAGACUACACGUUGCUCCAGAGCGCCGCACUGCUCUACGUCGGUUCCUACGCACCCUCCCUCCCCGCUGCCACCGAUAUGGCGAGGAAGAGCAUGCAAGACGGUGCGGCACUGCGCGCCCUCGAGCGUUUUAGGACCGAGGCCAUCCAGGCCGUACAGCGGGACGAGGAGAUUAAAAAGAGGGAAGAGGACGAGGCACAAAAGAGGGGACGAAGAUCCAGCAAGGACCUCAGUGCCGACUCGGCACUCGCCAGAAAACAGGACCAGUACUCGUACCUCCCUGAAACUUACCAGGACGUCGCGGUCGGCACCGACGAUGCCUAA